AAUAAAACUGGCUUUUAUCAAAUUUUAAUACGGAAUAUCAAAGCCAGAACCUCGUAGUCCAGUGGUACUAUCUCCUCUUUGGGGAGGGGAAGUCGGCUGUUCGACUCGCGGGGAGGGGGAGACGUGCCCAGUGCCCUAACCGGUACAGACACAGGCUGACGCCGGGCCUAGGUGGUGGGCUGGUCGAAGGUUGGUCAACACCUGGUUAAACAAAAAAAGAAUAUGAAAGCUUACGUACCUAAGAAAACUAUAUAUAAUGGACUCUUACAGAACAUUCACUACAUAAAAAGACAUAAAAUCACUUCUAUCUUCUCCCAGUUAUUUCACAAUCUCUUUACUAGCUUUGCAGUUUUCAUCCCUAAUCUAGCAUUUUGAUUAAAAGGCACUACUUUCAUCAUUUUGAAGCUGCUUUCGGAACACAUUUUCACAUUAAAACACUAAUGGAGAAGCUACAGAAGAUGAUCUCGGAGAAGUCGGUAGUGAUCUUUAGCAAGAACUCGUGCUGCAUGUCUCACACAAUCAAGACUCUCUUUUUAGACUUUGGCGUAAGCCCGACGAUCUAUGAAUUAGACGACAUCAACAAGGGAAAGGAGAUAGAGCAAGCAUUGGCUCAGCUUGGCUGCAGCCCCACCGUGCCGGUGGUGUUCAUAGGAGGUCAGCUGGUCGGUGGAGCCAAUCAAGUCAUGAGUCUUCAUCUCAAUCGCUCUCUCGUUCCGAUGCUUAAGCGAGUUGGGGCGUUAUGGCUUUGAUAAAUAUCGACAGAUACCUACGUCAGAUGGUCGUUUUGAUGAUAAUAAUAAUAAUAAUAAAUAUAAUGUAUUAAAACUAAUUAAAAGAGCGACAAAAAGCAUAUACAUGUAUUUAUUCUAUGAAUGUUUUGUCAAUCUAACUAAGUUUUGUAAAGGAUAUAUCUAAUAAUAAAAUCAGCUAGUGUUGGACUCAGUGUUAUAAACCC